UCCUGCCCACCACCUGCAGGAGUCUCCACUACAUCAGCUGCACCUACACCGCCUACAUCUAGCACUCUAGCGAUGGAGGAAGACAAGGAGUUGGAGAGGGGGAUGCUGAAUCUGUCUCCCUGUAAAUUUGCCACUGAACUAAGGCCAGCAGCAGCAGUCUCCAGAGCCCUGGCUGUGUCUCCACCAACAGGUUUUUCUCCAGCACCGUCUGUCCCUUUAGAUGUCCCACACCAGCCUGCAGCCUCUGUCCCUGGCUAUGCUCAGGAUGUAGCGCAGUGGAACUGCUCCCACCAGCAGAAAAUUUGGAUGAAGACUGAGCUGGAGGCGUUGGGUCUGUGGCCAGGGUCACGUCCUGUUCGUCAUCCUAUGAACAUGCUGUCACUGUGGCGUAAUCCACCUCAGCCUGAGCUCAUAGACUCAAUCUCUGAGCUGCCGUCACCUAAAUACUGUCAGCUUCAUCCUUUUUUCAUUUGGAAGCCGGAGCACACAAUCAUGGAGAGGGUAAGGAACAAUUACAUCUUGCCCUGCCUUCAUGAUUGUCCCAACCCUCAGGUAGCUUCUUCCGGCGUUGGAAGGCCAAGGGUUAUUAUUGGCACCAGCGGCCAGUACUAUAUUUUAGCCUCUCGGCUCACCUGCAAGGCCUGUAGGAAGUACUGGCAUGCUGACAAGACCCAGUGGCUGGAGAAGCUACCGGAGCACUUCAGCAACAUUGUUCCGGCUUUCCUUACCCACAAAAAGGCCAUCUGCAAAUCUGUAAUGGAUGAGAUGAGGCGCAGCGGCAGAUCACCGGAGGACAUGGCUAAGCAGCUGACGGAGGCACUCCACCUUAAAUAUGAGAGAGCUCACCUGGCCUACCUGCUCAGUGUACAGAACGUCAGGGAUGCUGAGGCAGGAGUUUACGGCCAGAGAACCAUCACUGGGCUUCUCAGACAGGCAGACACUCAGGCUCCAUUCGGUGGAUACUCCGUUGCUGACGGCUGGUGUGGAGUGUCUAUUUCUUCUCACUACCUGGUCGACUGCCUGGUCCGUGAGUUUCAACGGCAGGAGCAGCUCCUCACUCUCUUGCUACAGGGAACCUUUGGACAAGUACUCAGGGACUGCUGUGCUGCCUUCGAGGUCCUGGACCCUGGUCAUCAGGAGCACCUGCUGUGGGACUGCUGGAGGACGUCAGAGGCCACCGUGGCGAAGGCGACCUCUGGCAACCUGGCCAACAACAGUGCCUCGAGGAGCAAGUUUAACAAAGACAUUGCCAUCGAGUUAGACUUGUUUCACUGCAUGAGGCGCUUUACCAGGGAGUGUGUGUCUGAACAUCAGCCUCUGUUCAGCUCCUUCUGCUAGUUCCUCUGCAGCAUUUGUUGUGGUGGACCAGAGGGAUCUACAAAGGCUCACAGAGGCAUACACCUUCUGUGGAAUCUCUCCUGCAAAUCCGACAAAGCAGCACAUAAGAGAGCACUGCAGGACAAAGGUGCCACAGCCGAGGGAGCUGCUGCAGAGGGUUGAAGAUAUGUUGCACCACUUCUACCUGGCAAAGGACGCCAAUGAUGUGCCCCUGUUUAAGGCCUCCAUGCUGAAGUUGUGGAGGAUCCAACGCGUCCACAUCCUGAGAGGCUGCCUGAGCGACCCUGACGUGGGGGAGGGAAUUCUGUACAGGUAUGGUGGCACCUCAACUACAACAAGGGUGCAGGAGCCGCUGUACCUGUUACGAUUCCAGUGAGAGGCACCUCUCAGCAGGAGGGCUUCCACUAAGCCCAGUUGGUGACAGGCAACCAGGUGUCCUGUGAACUUUUCCAGGCCCAGGCAAUGACUGGAGUGGUGCGGUGGAACUUCCAGAGGCUGGUGGACCUGAAACAGCCUGGAGCUGCCAGCUGUGUUCGACUCCCUGUUAAUUUCAGGACUGAACACAGCCUCUGUCAAGGUGACAGGCCAAGCUAAAUAUCCCAGGCUGCAAAAUACAAACAGGGACACAGGGGAGAGAUUUGGACUGCAGUUUGUGGAGCCAGGUUGUCGUCCUGUUGUGUUGAACUGGGACAAGCACAAGGUACAGCCCAACAUCUCAGCUGCUGUAGCCAUGGAGACAGAGGAUCACUGCCCUACUGCUAUGGUGGGCACAGACUCUCAGGAGACCAGUGAUGAGCCAGUUGGAGCGGUGCCCAUCCUAUCUUUCCUGCAGGGCUCUGAAACCGUUUCCCAAUCCCAGCAAUCCCAGCACUGUGUUUAAGCUAA